AUGAGCGGUGGCGCCUCGAGGAUCGACACGAUUUUAACGAAGAAAGCCCACCCGCCGUUCAACCCCCGACGCGUGCUGAUCCUCUCGAAAAUCACGCGCUACGAGUUCGAGAAGCGCUUCCACUCGGAAGUGCACGAGGAGAAUCAGCUCAAGGAUUUGCUAAACAGCCGUGGGUCCGACUACAAUCGCCUGCUCACCAAGCACCAGCAGCACGAGGCCUACGUCGACAAGAUCAAGUCCGAGCUCGAGAAACACAAAAUCGAGUACCGCGUCGUGCAACGGUUCGACUACGACGAUGAAGCCGUCGAGUGGGCCGACGCGGUGAUGACGGCGGGAGGCGACGGCACCUUCCUGCUAGCCGCCAGCAAAAUAAAGAGCCGCGAGAAGCCGCUGAUCGGCAUCAACACGGAUCCUCAAGGUUCCGAGGGCUACAUGUGCUUGAUGCGCAAGCUGCCGAAGGAACGAUUCGGCUCGGCGUUGGCGCAACUACUAGAAGGCGAUUUUAAAUGGAUCUGGCGACAGCGGAUCCGGAUAUCUGUCACAUCGGACCGCGCGCUCGAGACGCCCGUCGAGCUGCAUGACGAGCAGCUACGGAGGACACCGUCGACGACGAGAUGGAGAGAAGAACGCCAGACCCGAGAGAGCAGAAUAAUCAGAGGGCGCCCGUCUGGCCGCAGGGACGACUCGGAAAAGAAGUCCGAAAUGAUCACCCAGCAGCUGCCGGUUUUGGCGUUAAAUGAGGUAUUCAUCGGCGAAAGCCUCUCAUCCCGCGUCUCCUACUACGAGCUGCAGAUCGACAGCGGCAAGUUGGUCAAGCAGAAGAGCUCGGGGAUUACGAUUUGUACAGGAACCGGGUCCACCAGCUGGUACUUCAACAUCAACAAGCUGACCGAGCAGUGCGUCAAGGAUUUGAUCGGGAUUAUCGAGGAGAAGAGCGGCGUCAAGAUACCGCGCGACAAACCGACACUAAUCGAAGAUGUCUGCCUGCGCUUUAACGAGCAGCUCAUCUACGACCCGGAGGCGCAAAAGCUGGCAUUCGCGAUCCGGGACCCGAUCUUCAACGCCACUUUUCCGACUACGAAGGCCCGGGGGCAUGCCGACCAGAUACGCGUGAAAAGUCGAGGUUACGAUGCGCAUUUGGUAGUCGACGGCGGUGUCUCCUUCCACUUCAACGACGGUGCCGAAGCGGUGAUGAGCGUGCACGAGGAAGACGCAUUGCGGACGGCCGUUUUUCGA